UUUAAGAACGGGGCAUUUAUAUUGUGGGAACGGCAUGUUUUGCAGUUGUUUCCAAGGGAGCGAACAAGAAGCAACCUCAAAAACUAGUAUCUGAACAACAUUAUGAAAAUUUGUCCAACCAUAAUAAAUCCAGAGAGAAGAACAUGAGUAAAGAUUCGCAAAUGAGGGCUGCGAUAAACCAGAAGCUGAUUGAAAUGGGCGAACGGGAGCGAUUGAAGGAGUUGCUCAGAGCCAAACUUAUAGAAUGUGGGUGGAAAGACCAAUUGAAAGCACAUUGUAAAGAUGUAAUCAAGGAAAAGGGCUUGGAGCAUGUGACUGUGGAAGACCUGGUGGCAGAAAUCACACCAAAAGGAAGAGCCCUUGUACCUGACAGUGUGAAGAAAGAACUUCUACAGAGAAUUAGAGCUUUUCUUGCUCAGCAUUCCACCCUAUGAGAGGAAACGUUGCUCCUUUCUCUAUUUUCUGAUCCAACUAGGAAUCAAGUACAUUUUAUUUUGCCU